AUGUACAUCACUUCCUUUCCUUCUAGCUCUCUGAGUCUCCUAGGCCUUUUCAUCGCCUCGUUUAUCGAUGCCCAGAAAACUGUCACUCCCGACGCAUGUGCCAUCGCGAGGUCCGUCGACAGCUCUUGCACCGCAAGAUUCAGCAUUGACCGAGCUAAAACCGGGCUUGAUACGACCUGGACAACGCCCCCGGUGAUAACUUAUGACGGAGUGGAUGUCGUCAGAUGUUUCUGUUGUCUGGAAGAGGCGCCUCUGACGCCCGUCUGGUCCUCAUGUGCAGCGCAAAUCGAGACCGCAAGCCCAGAGAAAGACCAGUUCCUCGAAAAUCUCGAAGAUUGUCUAGGGUUCGAGGAGUGCCGCGUAGAGACUGCGACUCCGCCAGCCUGUCAGAGCAUGAGCGACUGGGUCAUGGGGUGCUCUUCGCAUGUCAAGCCGGAGACCAUGUCAUCAAGUGAGAGAUUCUCGCGCAUGGAAGAAUGCCUUUGCCCCACGUCUGCUCCAGGUGCCUUCAAUAACGCACACGAAGCUUGCGGCAACUGGGCUUGGAUUCACAACCCUGAAUAUGGUUCCUGUAAGACUCCUCAGUCUCAGAGUCCCGGUUAA